AUGUCGUCGUCAAGACUUAGCAUAGACAGCCCGCUCGCCCGACUGCCAAACGAAAUCCAACAAGAAGUCGCCAACUACGCUUCCGUUCCUGAAGCAACCAUGGUCACCCAGAUGGACAUAGAUGCGUCCAAGGACCCCUCGACUCCACCCGCCGAUGGCUCAUCUCCCUUCCUAGACUUACCUCGCGAGUUGCGCCGCGCCAUAUUCGCUUACAUUUUGCCGCCCAAAGAUAAGGUUAUCGAGCCAUACCUCAAGACAGCCAGUCUGCCUCAAGCUGCAACGCCUGUUAUACCUCUCAUACCUGCCGCACCUGUCGCACCUGUCGCACCUGCCGCACAUGUUGCGCCUGUUGCGCCUGUCAUGCACGUCGUGCCCACUAUUCCCCUCACUCUUGCAGCUCUGAAUCAAAUCGUGACGGCUACCCAGAACGCUCAAGCUGUAGCAGCUCAUGCUUUGGCGACUCAGGUGGCUCGGAGGCGAACUGUCGCCGCGAGACGAAAGACAAUCAAGGCCAAACAAGAAGAGAAGCGCUCCACUCUGGCUGUGGGAGAUGCUCUGGUUCUUUGUAAGCAAGUUACUGCAGAAAUCCUAGCCACCCUAUAUGAAGAGCACACAUUCGCCGUCAACGUAUAUGAAGGCAUCUCGGAUGGCGGCAUCGAGUUUCUUAACUCGGGUCGCCAGCGACUUCAGUACCGUGAGCACUUCACUCAGGUGCGUUUCAAGCGCUUCGAGGGUCCCGACGAUCCAUUUGGCUUUGCACGCAUCAAACGCCUUCUGAUUCGGGUUUAUCCAGCAACCGAAGCAGCCUCGGAGCACAAGAACAGUCGUCACGAUGCCAUGCACACGCACUUCAUGAUUCGCGCCCUCGUCAAACUCCUCAAGCAUGAUGACAAGUUUGGCCUGACACGCCUGCAAGUCCGCUUUGUUGAGCCUCAAAACACUCUCUGGAGACCCAAACCCUGGCAAAACACAUCGAACUUGUCCCUUCGCAGCUCCUCGAUCCAUGGCAUACCGGCCGUAGAAGUCAUCCUACGAGGCCUGUUCGAGCUGCGCCAAGUUCAUACUGCAGUCUGCGAACUCCCUCCUGGCUUGUACCGAGACCAUGCUCUGAGCGACUUUGUCGACCGCCUACAAAACACCAUUACUGGCAGGCUUCAACCUGGCACUAUGGAUGAUGAGAUUGCCGCCAAGAUUGAGGGCGCAAGAGACAUGCUUGACGACUGGAUCCAUACCACCAUGUUUGGCACCAAGGCCUCAAAAGCCAUGCCUACAGAUCUUGAAGACUUUGACUUUGACGACGUACAAGAUGUCGAUGAUUUUGACUACUACCCGGACCAAGACGAUUUCUUUGAGCUGCGCGCUCCUUCCAACCAUAUAUCAGAGGAGUUUACAGCUGGUGAUUAUUGCUCGCAUAGGCUCCGUGACGCUUACGAGGAACGUGUCGUGAAUUCUGAUGACAGAGAUGAUGAGAGUCACGGAACCCGACCUCGUGCUGCCGCCACCAACAGACUAUCGCGAGUGGCCAGGAGUAAUCCCAACAACGACAGACCCGCUCGUACUCACUCGACAAGGCGCUCAAUACGUGACUCGCCGCUGAACUCUUCCAGUCGUGAAUCUAGCGGAGGAGCCUCACUUCUGGGGAUGAUAUCCAUCAAUGACAACUCCUGGUCUGACUUUGUUCCAUUGUUUGAAACCGAUGAAGACCCGACUGAGCAUCACAGAAAUGCUCAAGCCGCUGGUAAUAGCACUCAGUUUGCUGUCCAACCUCCAAACUCAAGGCCAGAACUAUCUAGAAGCAUCACCGUGCUGGAAGAGAAUGAAGAGGGCGAGUUCGAAUCAAAGCCCAACUCUCCAGCACAAGCCUUUUGGAAUUCACAGAUCGGAACAAUGGGAAGAUUGGGAUGA